AUGGCAAACUCAAAGGCCGAGAAGAAACAUGUGGCGGUGUUUAUUUUCCCCUUUGGGAGCCACCCUGUUCCUCUAUUAAACCUUGUCCUCAAACUUGCUCAUGCAGCUCCCAAUUUGUAUUUCUCAUUCAUUGGCACUGAACACUCUAAUAAACCUCUUUUCUCAAAACCUCACAUUCCAGAUAACAUAAAGGCUUAUAGUGUAGGUGAUGGAGUCCCUGAGGGUCAAGUACUAGGUGGCCACCCAGUUGAAAAAGUGAACCUUUUUCUUCAGGCUGGUCCUGAGAAUUUGCAAAAGGGUAUAGAUUUGGCAGUGGCAGGGACAAAACACAGAGUAACUUGCAUCAUUGCUGAUGCUUUUGUUACUCCUUCACUCAUAGUUGCUCAGAAACUAAAUGUUCCUUGGAUUCCAGUUUGGCCACCCUUGUCAUGUUCACUCGCUGCCCAUUUUUACACUGAUUUGAUACGCGAGCAAUGUGCUAAUAAUAAUAAUAAUGGUGGAGACAGAGCUUUGGAUUUCAUUCCAGGUUUGUCUAAGAUGCGUGUUGAAGAUUUGCCAGAUGAUGUAUUAAAAUGUGGGGAAGAGGAGGCACUAUUUUCAAAGACACUAGCUUCACUUGGUAGAGUACUACCUCAAGCUGAGGCAGUGGUUAUCAAUUUCUUUGAGGAAUUAGACCCACCCUUGUUAGUUAAGGAUAUGAGAUCAAAUUUGAAGUCAGUGCUUUAUGUUGGUUUUCUCACUCUUUCACUGCCUCUGAUGCCAUUGCCUCCAUGUGACACAGAUGAAACUGGUUGCUUGUCAUGGUUGGAAAAGCAGAAUGAAAGAUCAGUGGUGUAUGUUAGCUUUGGGACUGUGGUGACACCACCUCAACAUGAGCUUGUGGCAGUGGCAGAAGCAUUGGAAGCAAGUGGUUUUCCAUUUCUUUGGUCCCUCAAGGAUCAUCUAAAGGGUCUUCUUCCAAAUGGGUUUCUUGAGAGGACCAUGAUACGUGGGAAAAUUGUGCCUUGGGUUCCACAAACUCAUGUUUUGGGACAUGAUUCUGUAGGAGUGUUUGUGACUCACUGUGGCUGUAACUCUGUGUUCGAGAGUAUUUCCAAUGGGGUGCCUAUGAUCUGCAGGCCAUUCUUUGGAGAUCAUGGGAUGGCUGGAAGAAUGGUUGAAGAUUUUUGGGAGAUUGGUGUGAGAAUAGAAGGUGGAGUGUUCACCAAAAAUGGAUUGCUCAAAAGCUUGAAUCUGAUUAUGGUGAUGGAAGAGGGGAAGAAGAUGAGGGAGAAGGCACUAAAAUUGAAGAGGACCGUGGAAGAUGCAGCUGGACCACAACGUAGAGCAGCACAGGAUUUCAAGACCUUGGUAGAACUAGUUUCUAGCUCUUAAUUAAUGAUG